AUGGCGUGGCAGUCGCCGUUGGUAGACGCCGCCGCUAAGGUUGGUUUGGCCGACCGAGUUUUGGGAUGGUACCUGCUCUGUCUUGCGUUGGUGGCAGCGUGCUUGAUAGUUUACCCUUACCCAUCGCGUCUGCCUAGCAAAGUGGUCAGCAAGACGUCUUCUCACUGCUCACACCUCGGCCCACUCUCCGCCUCCGAGUUCCACACCCGCUUGUCUACCCUCGGCAAGACUCUCACCGCUCUCAACGCCUCUGCAUACAUCGCUGAGCCCGGUGCAAGCGCUCUGUACUACGCCAACAUCUCGACUCCGCACUGGCACCUCUCCGAGAGACCUCUACUGCUUAUCGCGGAUGCCUCUGCCCGGGUGACGGUUCUUACGCCAAAGUUCAAAAGCACGCGUGCUCUGUUACUUUCUAUCUUGUCUGAUGUGAUGUGGGUUCCGUAUUCGCAGCUACUUGACAUCAAAGGGACCGUGUUUGUAGAUGGAAGUAUUCGUCAUUUCAUCGUUGAUGGCCUACGAACGGCGUUCCCAAAGGCUACUGUGAUUGCUGCACCCACAAAGAUCAGACAACUUCGAGAACGCAAGUCGGAGGGAGAGCUAGCAUUGCUUAAGCGUGCCAACGAGGUCCAUCAAACACACAAACAAAUGCACAUCGGCAUGCGCGAGUCCGACGCCCGAAACCUCAUCGCACGCGCCCUCGCCGACGCCGGAUUAAAAGACGGUGGAUGCCUUACCUUAUUUGGAGAAAACGCCGCCCUCCCCCACGGAAGCGGCACAGAUCGCCGUCUCCGCCCCGAAGACUUUGCUUUAUUCGACUGCACCGCCUCCUUGCACGGCUACUGGAGCGACGUCACACGUACACUCGCCCUCCCCGCCUCCACCAUCCCCAAAACUCAUCUCCAAAUAUGGAACAUUGUCCACUCGGCCCAGAAUAUCGCGUUUGGAACUGCCCAUGCAGGUGUAGUCGCCAAGCGCGUCGACGAGGCGACGAGGUUCUUUCUCGAUCUUGCGGGGUACGCAAAGAACUUCACGCACCGCCUUGGACAUGGGAUUGGCUUGGAGGUCCAUGAGGACCCUAACUUGAAUGGGGGGAAUGAGGUCAUCCUACAGACAGGGCAUACUUUCUCUGACGAGCCGAGAAACGGCAGUGCAAUGUACCUCACAGCGGGAGUGGGAGGACCUGCUUCAUCGCCUUGGAAGCCCUAG